CUUUACUAAUUGGCGGGUAGCAAACGUAACUUUGUGACGCAAACGCUCGCAACGUUAACAACAAAGGAUGAAGAAUAAAUGAAGUUACAAACUGUCUUUGUGCGCGUUCAUAACACACGCGUACACGUGACGGCUGUCUUAGAGUUCGCUGCCUCGUCGUUGUGACGUUAAGUUAGUAGCAACAACACAAAGGCGGUUGAAAUGUGAAUGAACGAUCCAAUCAAAAGCAAUAGACGGUGGCGGUGAAUCGUCUGCUUGCCACGUAACAAAAUGAUUCGCAUAGCAGCACUGAAUGCUGCUUCGACAGCUGCAGAUGAGUCACAAGACCCCUUGAGAAAUAGCAAGAGUCAGACAAAAGAGGCUCAGGAAGCCGAGGCAUUUGCUUUGUAUCACAAAGCUUUAGAUCUACAAAAACAUGACAAGUUUGUGGAAUCUGCCAGCGCCUACCAUGAGCUUCUCAAAACCCCACUGCUCAAAGAGGCCAUGGCCUCCGAUGACCAGAAAGUGGGUCUCAAGCAUCCCGGGCUGAUGUUGAAAUAUUCUACUUUUAAAAACUUGGCUACUAUGGCUGCAUUGCGGGAUGAUCUGGAGACCGCAAUGGAGUUUUAUUUGGAGGCAGUUAUGUUGGAUUCUACUGAUGUGAACAUGUGGUACAAAAUUGGUCAGGUGGCUGUGCGACUGGUGCGCAUUCCUCUGGCUCGACAUGCGUUUGAGGAGGGAUUGCACUGCAACCCAGACCACUGGCCCUGUCUGGACAACCUCAUAACGAUCCUCUACACACUCAGUGACUACACCUGCUGUUUGUACUUCAUCGCUAAAGCAUUAGAGCUGGAUCACUGUUACACUAAAGGCCUGGUGUUGAAGGAGAAAAUCUUUGAGGAGCAGCCCUGUCUCAAGAGGGACACAAUGCAGAUGUUCAUUAAAUGUGAUAUGUCUAUUCAUUAUGUGGAAGUGGAGAUGGAGGAAAGGAAAUCCAUUGUGGACGAGGCACAGGAUUUACGGAAGCGCAGACAGGCUCUCUCUCACUCUGAACCAAAACCUGACCUUGUCCUGGUUCAACCCAUCCGCUGCCUCUCAUGGAAGCACUUGGGGGAGAAACUUCUUGCGAUGUACAGACACCAGACCACGUGUGAGCCGCCGCGCCCAAGUCUCGGCCGCAGAAUUGAUUUGUCCGAGUACCGUGACCGCAACUUUCUCCAGAACCUCCCCCAACCCAGCAGCCCUGUCAGUAUGGGCCAAACCAACGUGCUAAGCAGCAGCCCCAGCUCGUCCCUGCCGCCAAUGGCCCUGCCUGAGCCCGCAGUGCUGCCCCAACCCAGCACGCAACCUCAGCUUACCCCAGCUCAGAACACCGUGGAGGUCACCACUUCUGCUCCCCCAGUCGUGACCGCAGAAGAAGCUUCCCUGGCAGAUAAAGCGAAGAAACCCCCGAAGAGGAAGCGAGUGGUAGAAGAUAGCGGGGAGACGGCCAAGCGGCGCUCGGCACGUGUUCGCAACACAAAGUGCAAGAAGGAAGAGAAGAUAGAUUUUCAGGAGCUGCUAUUUAAAUACCUACCUUCCAGGCUAAAGAAGUUUGAUCCUGAUAAUGAUGACGAGAGUCUGAGUAAUCUUGACACUCAGUGCGACAGGAAGGUGGACAUGCAGCCUCUGCUUGGGGGUUGCCUGCCUGCUGACUCAGUUGAAUACAUGGAAUCUGAACAAGAGGAUGUCCACAACUUCCUGCUCAAUAAUAUGACCAAUGGGGGUUUACUGGACGUGAUGAUGCGCUAUCUGAAAGCAGUGGGCCAGAAGUUCACAGUGGAGUGGCCUCGGGGGCUCGCUGCUGUGGUACUGGAGGUCCAUCAGACCUGGAGGAAGCACAGCGGUGGUCUGCCUAACCCUCUGCUUCGGGACUGCAGCAACCAGCACAUCCAGCAAAUGUUGACAAUGAGCUUAGCGUGUAUGGAGUUGCAGUUGGAGCAAUGGAUACACAACAAAGGGAAGACCGUUUCUCCAAGAAGAAGCAGCAGCAGCAGCAGUAUUUGUCCCAGCAGUGAUGCAGCAGACUCUGAAUUCCCAGGGCAGCACUUCCAGAGUGAUUUGUUACUUCUGGCCAUGGGUUCGUCCCAAAGAGACCUGUUUGAUGAUGACUGGCUGGAUGUUAUGGUGCGGGUCUACUGGCUCAAGGCCCGAUUCUUGGCGCUGCAGGGAGACAUGGAGUUGGCCCUGGAGAGCUAUGAUGUCUGUGUUGGCCUGUUGCAGAGCAAACCAAAGACCCCCGAAGGCAAACAUUACACAAUCAGCCUGCCUAACCUUUGUGUGGAUGCAGCGAUCUCUGUAGAGGAGAUUGACAAAAGGCUAAAGUCUCUGGAGCGCUGUCAGUCGUUGGAGGAGAUCCAGCGUCUCUUUGAGGCUGCAGACUUUGAUUCCGUUGUGCGUCUGCUGCAGCCCACUCUUAAUUAUGGCAACCGGACUAAAACUCUGGAGUUUGUGAGCUCCGCACCAGAGCGGCCUGCUCAGCUGAUGCUACUGCAGAACGCGCUUCUGAAGCUACAGGACUACCGGCAAUGUUUUGAAUGCAGCGAGUUGGCUCUGAAUGAAGCCCUGCAGCAGCUCAACUCUGCAUCAAACAACUCUCCGCCUAGCAAGGAGGAGUGGGUCAGUACCAUUGGAAAGCUACUGGAUGGCACCGAGAUCUGCUUCAUCAAAGACUCCGGGCUCCUGAGCAGUGUCCCCCACUUCCCUAGUAUGGCUCGACUGGCAAACAAUCUUAUCCAGCUGAUUGAUCUGAGCAUGAACAUCUCGGACGAUCCCAAGGAGCCUUACUUCUUCUCGGUUUUGCCUUGGAUCAUCCUGUAUCGCAUUAUCAAACAAGAGGAGGCUGUGUUUAACUGUAUGCUUCGACAGCAUAUGUCCGCAGGGGAUGAUGAAGAUGACUCUGACGCUCCCAUGCUGCCCUCCUCACUGAUGCUUCUGAACACAGCCCACGAGUAUCUCGGCCGUCGCUCCCUGUGCUGCUACUCGGAGGGCGCACUCCUCAAGUUCUACGUUCAGGUUUUGAAAAAGGAGGUUGCAGCCUCAUCCAACAAUGACUCUCAUCCCUACAAAGAGGAGUUGGAGAUGGCCUUGGAACAGUGCUUUUUCUGCCUCUAUGCCUACCCCAGUAAGAAGAGCAAGGCCCGCUACCUCGAGGACCACUCAUCUCCACAGGUUGAGCUACUGUGGUCCGAGGCCCUCUUCAUGUUUGAGUAUUUCAAGCCAAAGUCACUGCCUGAGUUUGACAGCUAUAAGACGAGCACGGUGUCUGCAGAAUUAGCCAAUUUGCUGAGGAGGUUUGCUGGCAUCGCCCCCACAAGUGAAACCCCCACUCUCACCAUGGAUGAAUUGGCAGCCUACAUUGAGGGCAUGACAGAGAAGGCCCCGUGCCUUCCUGAAGGAAGUGCUCCUGCGCCUCCAAUCAUUAAUGAGAUCUUCUACCUGCUGGCUGAUUACCAUUUCAAGAACAAGGAGCAGUCCAAAGCCAUCAAGUUCUAUAUGCAUGACAUAUGCGUGUGUCCCAACAGGUUCGACUCGUGGGCCGGGAUGGCUCUAGCUAGGGCCAGUCGUAUUCAGGAAAAGCUCAACUCCAAUGAGCUGAAAAGUGACGUUCCUAUAUGGAAGCACUCCCAGGCAGUGCUAAACUGCUUUAAGAGGGCCCUGGUUAUCGACGGCUCCAAUCUGUCUCUGUGGAUCGAGUAUGGUACCGUUUCCUAUUCGCUGCACACAUUUGCGUCAAGGCAGCUCAAGCAGUGGCGCAACGAGCUCCCCCCAGAGGUGGUUAAACAGAUGGAGGAAAGGAGAGACUCCAUGUUGGAGACCGCGUUCCAGUGUUUCCAGGGAGCUUCCCGUUGUGAGGGUGACAGUGAUGAAGAGGAGUGGCUCAUUCACUACAUGCUUGGCAAGAUAGCAGAGAAACGUAAACAACCUCCGGCAGAAUAUCUGGAACUCUACAAAAAGGCAGCCCACUAUCUGUAUGAAGAAGCUGCUAGAUACCCCCGAAAAAUCCAUUACCAUAAUCCUCCCGACCUGGCCAUGGAGGCCCUCGAGUUGCAUUUCCGUCUCAGCGCCACCACUCUAAAACUAUUAGAGGGGGGCGUGUCUGCGCUGGAACACGAGCUCUUGUUCAGUUUGCUGGUCGAAGCCGCUACCGGCCCCUUUGCCAGGGGGGAAGAGAAGAGCAUGCCAAGCAUGCCUCGGUCCCUUGAAAAGGAGAAACCCCCGUCCAUGACGGAUGACGACUUUAAUUGCUCGUCCGUUUGCAUCGGAAACGUCCUCAUCUCCUCCCACCCGUCGGCUGCCACCCCAGGUCUGACUUCCCCGCCUUACGUGGCCACGCCGUUUGACCACGAUUACGCCAAACGCAAAACACUCCGACGGCAGCAGUGGCAGCAGCAGCGGAAUGAGGAGCAGCAGGCCGAUGGUUCAACAUUUUCAACGAGAGUGGCAUCGAAUCUGUAUUCAUUUGUCAAGAAAGCCUCACCAGAGUUUGACCAUGAUUACUGCCUGCCCAGGUCUUCAAUGUGGCUGGCUUCCCUGAAUGAGCGCAGUCAGGACAGCGAGGUGGUGAUUCUCUCUGACUCCAACUCCACCCAGGACGCCUUCACAGAUCCCACGAGCUCACAGGACAGCAGCCACAAACCGGCUUCUGGGAAAGCCAGCUCGUCCUCAUCGGAAAGUACAACCCCGGUGAAGGACGGACAGUUCGCAUCGGAGGACAUAGUGUUACAUGGAGGAGAUUCCGGCAUCCAGACGGAAGACAAAAUAAUCCAGGAAGUAGUCGAAGCCGUGGUGGUGACCCUCCCUGAGGUCUCCGACCCCAAGGCGUCCGUGGAAGCGUGUUCUCAUCCUCCGCCUGUCCCUGCCACCCCACCAAAGCCCCCCCACUCUCAACAGCCGGCGCCCCAAACUCCGGCCAGCGAGAGCAAAAGGAAGCCGGAGCCCCCGGCGGAGCCGAUCGAGGUGCCCACAGCCCUGCCCGCAGAUAUUGGCGACCAGAGACGAAUGCUGGUGGAAAUGUGCGUGCGGGCUCUCUUCCUUUGCCUCGGCCGCUUCCCUCAGCACUACAAGAGCCUCUACCGCCUGGCCUACUUCUACUCCAGCAGCAAGACCUAUCGGAACCUACAGUGGGCCAGAGAUGUGUUGCUAGGAAGCAGUGUCCCAUGGCAACAGCUGAAGCACAUGCCAGCACAAGGACUUUUCUGUGAAAGAAACAAGACAAACCUAUUCAAUGGCAUCUGGCGUAUUCCUGUGGAUGAGAUUGAUCGCCCGGGAAGUUUCGCUUCUCAUAUGAACCGAUCCAUUGUCCUCUUACUGGAGGUGUUGUCUCAGCUUAAAGAUCACGAUACUCUGGUGAAGGUCUCUUUCAUGCUGCAGAGAACCCCUGACCAGGGAAAGAAGUAUUUACGGGAUGUUGAUCGGCAGGUUUUGGCCAAGAGAGCUUUCUUCCUAACUGUAAAAGUCCUGGAGGACAAUCUGAACAGUCUCAAAGGGGUGUCUGAGCAGCUCCACAAAGCACCCGUGCCCUCAAUGGGGGAGAUGACCACAACGGACGCAUCCAACAGGCCCAGCUCGGAGGACGGAAAACAUGCUGCGCUUAAGAAGCCCGAGAUCCCAGAGGGGGCUUGUGCCCGUGAAACGGCGCCCAAGGAAGCCUGCCAGGCCCAACUCGUCCCGCUGGCCGUAGACGCAGGGGGUGAAGUUCAGGAAAUCUACCCCGGGAAGACGGAGACCGCUGUGGGCGAGGGACACAAGGCGGGGCCGGAGGAGCCCAUGGAGCUCGACCCCGGCCACUGGAGGAGGCCCGCCGCGACCGCCGACCCUCAGCACACCCAGACGGCGGCCUCGGCGAGUGUCGCGCAGCCCCAGCCGAAAGUGACCGACAGCAACCGGACGCCAGAGCUGUCUCUGGAGGAGCUCAGCAUCAGUUCGAGGCAGCAGCAGCUCCAGGCGUCGGCGGCCAGGCUCACGGUGGCGGCCGGCGGGGCGGCUCAGGGGUUACUCCGGCGGCCCAGCAGGAAAAGGAAGCUUCUCGACGACGUGGAGUCCGGAAAGACGUUGCUGCUCGACGCCUACAGGGUGUGGCAGCAAGGCCAGAAAGUCAUGACGUACGACCUGGCUCGCAUUGAAAAGAUCAUGUCGGAGACCUACAUGCUCAUGAAACAGGUUGAUGAGGAUGUAGCUCUGGAUCAAGCUAUGAAGUUCUGCCAGAUCCAGUUGGCCACUUCUGCCCAAAGACAGUCUGCAGGCGAUGCCCCGACCACGCCCAAGUACACCAAGGACCACCGAGACAUCUUCUUCCCCGCCUCGCUUUCGUCCCCCGUCCUGCUCAGCCACGCCGCGUGCCACCCGCUGUCCACCCCGGAGGGUCAAGCCAAAGUGGUGUACGAGCCCCUGAGCAAGUUGUCCAGACCUCAAGCGUCAGCAUUCCACGAUCAGCCGCAGCAGAGGAGGGCGUCAAGCCAUCCCGCCGCCGCCAUGGCCUUCCUACCACACACAGAUGAGCGGGAGGAGCCCUCAGAAGGACUUCCCUACCGACAGCAGGAGUCCCACCUUUGCCAGCAGAUGAAACUCGCCACUGUAUCCCAAGGCCAGCAGUCAGCAGUAGCAGCAGCAGCAGCUGCCGCCUGGUUCCAGGGGGAAACGGCCACAUGUAGUACCGCACAACCAUGCCCAGGUCAGAACCUUUUACCAGGAGACCAGCAGCAGUAUGCCAGCGACGAUCCGUCCAAACUUCCAGACGCCGGCCGAAUCCGCUCCCGUGUCCCGCACAACAUGCCAAAGCUUUACAUCCCUUCCUCCGUCACCAAGUUCCCACCAGAAAUCACAGUCACGCCGCCGACGCCCACGCUGCUGUCCCCUAAAGGCAGCAUCUCAGAGGAGACCAAGCAAAGACUGAAGAACGUCAUUUUGUCGUCUCAGUCUGCAGCCACAGUCAAAAAGGACACUCUGAGCCAGCCGGCGCUGGAGGUGCAGGAGACGUCCAGCCAGGAGUCGUCUCUUGAAAGCGAGUCGGAGGAGGAGGAGGAGGAGGAUGAUGAGGAGGAGGAGGAGGAGGAUGACGACGACAUGGAUAUCUGAGGCGCUGGAGGCCUCGUGUGCACGCUGAAACUGAAUGAGGCUUUUUUGUCGCUUCUGUGCCCUCUUGCCUUAAAGGGGAAUGGUACAUGUCACUGCGGCUCUCUGUCGAUGCUACUUCUCCCUCACGUGCAUCACAAGAAAGCACCCCAGCCCCCCCACCUCCUCCCCCUCCUCCCCAGAACUGAAAUACAAAUGCAGUACUCUUUUUGCCUGUCAUGUCCCGCCCUGCUCCUCAGCCGUGAUGGUGUGUGAGAGGGAUGAGGAUGGCUUUAGUCCCGCAGCACGUCUGUAAUGUUCCAUUCAUACACAUCGCACAGCGGCGUGUCCGGCUCUCCUGCACUCGGCCUUUAAAGCCGGCCUGUUCCGUGUUUGUUUUUCUACGCCGUGUGCUGACUGCACCUCCAAGCUGCGGCCAAACAAAAGUCUGAGGGGCCUCGGUCUGGACGGACGCCCGGGCAGCACGGGUCCGCUGUCCACCACCUUUUCAUCGGCAACACCCAUUGCAUUGGGACACGACAUGUUUCAAUGGACACCAGGGUGAAAUAAGGACAAUGGGCUGCAUUCGAGGUUCACCUGUGGAGCCUCACAACCUGUAGCACAUUAGAAAUGUUUACAUUGAACAAUAUGGAGGUUUUUCAGUUGUCACUAAAGUUUGUGCUAUUUUUGUAUACAUGUAAUAUUUUGUCCUAUAUAUUCCAUUUUUUUUUGUGUGUGCAAUUGUAGCUAAAAGGAGCAGUUCAUACCAGGAAGACUUUCCGUCACCAGCACUGAUCUGAAAGAGGUUUCAGUUAUUGUGACUUUUGUACAUAUCACAAUCCAAAACCUUCUCUAAUGUGUUCUAAUGCGCUGAGUAUCGGGCUUUACUUUACUUACUUUACUGUCAACUCAGGAAGCGAUUUGCCUUGAACAGACGCUUCACAUGAUCCUUCCUGAUUUGAGUGGAUUUGAAAUACCUGCCGAGGAUGAUUUCUAAUAUAGAUGCCUUUCCAUAGGAACCAUUUUGGUAAAUUUGUCACAAUUCCAGCUGAACUCAGAGGAAGACAACCGAAUGUUUUUUACAGAUUGUUUUCUAUACAAAUAAGAGAUAUUUAAUGAUUGUGUUUCUGGAAACUAUCUACUAAUAAUUAGAAAAACGACACAAAUGAAUAACGGUAAACUAUCACCCAUAGAGAAAAAAA